CCAGACUCUCUAGAGCAAGAUGUUCUUUACCUGUGGCCCCAAUGAAGCCAUGGUUGUCUCGGGUUUCUGCCGCAGCCCCCCAGUUAUGAUUGCUGGUGGCCGGGUGUUUGUGGUACCGUGCAUACAACAGAUUCAGAGGAUCUCACUUAACACUCUGACCUUAAAUGUGAAGAGUGAGAAAGUUUAUACCCGGCAUGGGGUCCCCAUUUCAGUCACUGGCAUUGCACAGGUGAAGAUCCAGGGCCAGAACAAGGAGAUGCUGGCAGCUGCUUGCCAAAUGUUCCUGGGCAAAUCUGAAGCAGAAGUUGCGCACAUUGCUCUGGAGACCCUGGAAGGACAUCAGAGAGCCAUCAUGGCCCAUAUGACAGUAGAGGAAAUCUACAAGGACCGUCAGAAGUUUUCAGAGCAGGUCUUCAAAGUGGCCUCGUCUGACCUGGUCAACAUGGGGAUCAGUGUGGUCAGUUAUACCCUCAAGGAUAUUCACGAUGAUCAGGAUUAUCUUCAUUCUCUGGGAAAAGCCCGAACUGCUCAGGUACAGAAGGAUGCCAGGAUUGGAGAAGCUGAAGCCAAGAGAGAUGCUGGCAUCAAGGAAGCCACAGCCAAGCAACAGAAAUUGUCUGCUCAGUUUAUGAACGAUAUUGAGAUGGCCAAAGCUCACCGAGAUUUCGAGCUGAAGAAGGCUGCUUACGACAUUGAGGUGAACACGCGAAAAGCCGAAUCGGACUUGGCCUAUCAGCUGCAGGUGGCCAAGACCAAGCAGAAAAUUGAAGAGGAGAAGAUGCAGGUCUUGGUGGUGGAGCGAACUCAGCAGAUUCAGAUCCAGGAGCAGGAGAUGAUCCGUAAAGAACGGGCGCUGGAGGCCCAAGUCAAGAAACCAGCCGAAGCAGAACGUUACCGGUUGGAGAAAUUAGCUGAGGCGGAAAGGAUGCAGCUCAUCAUGCAGGCGGAGGCGGAGGCAGAAGCCAUCCGGGUGAAGGGCGAGGCUCAGGCGUACGCAGUUGAGGCCAAAGCCCGGGCUGACGCUGAGCAGAUGUCAAAGAAGGCAGAAGCUUUUAAGCAGUAUCAAGAGGUUGCCAUGGUGGACAUGCUUUUGGAGAAGCUUCCAGAGAUAGCCGAAGAGAUCAGCAAACCAUUGGCUUCCGUCAACAAGAUCACCAUGGUGUCAAGCGGGAACGGAGAUGUGGGUGCUGCGAAGAUGACCGGGGAAGUCCUGGAAAUCAUGAAUAAGCUGCCUGACACUGUUGAGAAACUGACCGGUGUUAGCAUCUCUCAGCAGAUGAGUCAGAAGAAACCAGGACGGAUGAACUGAUGGGGUCAGAAGGACAAGAAAAAGUCGUCUUGAGAGUGACCACCCAUGGAUCAUCAUCAAUAUGCACCCAUAUUUAGUGUUCCUCCUAUCAGUGCCCUCCUGUGAAUGCCAUACCUUUCCUACGGACAAGAUUGUUGCAUGUCGAUCAGUAUCUGCAAAUGCUGAGGUCUCGUUACUCUGCUGUAGCACCGUGAUAGCUGGUGAUGUCUCUGGGUGGACCUGCGACAUCAGUGUGUCGCAGUGUGGAUCCGUGUAUACUGAUUUCCACCGUCACUUUGUAAAACAGGAUCCUGUCGUUCCUUUCCUUGAUGCUGUUUUUGUUACCUGAGCCUGCUGGUCACUAGAUAACCCUUUUUUCCUAUACGUAAGCUGUCCUCAAGGAUCUAACAACGGCUCUAGUUCUAAAAAGGCCUGGAAGAAUAUAAGAAUGGAGUAAGGAUGAAGGUUGAAACCCAAGAUCUGUUUUUAUUUAUUUUUUUAAAGGCCAGGUGGGUGGCCUGAUUUCAGGGAUUUCUAUAGCAAGGGGAGGUCAUUUAGGAUUUUGCUCAGCUGUUUCCCUAAAGAGUUACCGCCUAGGUACAGAGAGGGAUUCGGUUUUACAGUCCUUAACAAGCCUAGCGAUGUGUGGGUAUCCCAGUUCUGUUGAUCUAAACCAGGGGUCUCCAGACUUUGGCAACUUUAAGACUUGUGGACUUCAACUCCCAGAAUUCUCCAGC